AUGUUGUCGGCACUGCUCCUCGCUCCGCUCUCGCUCUCAACCCGCGGCGCGCGUCACGCGCCGCCUCGCUCCUGUGCGGCGGCGGCGGGCGCUCCCGACGAGGCGCAGCUCGCGCUGUUCGCGUCGCUUCGCGCCCGCAGCCUCGAGAUCGAGCGUGAGGUCGCGGAGCGUUGGCGCGAGGCCGCGCCGGUCUCGAGCGUCCCGGUUGCUCUCAACGACUGGAUUCGCCGCGUCGCCCUCGACUGGCCGCUGGCGGCAUGCGGCACCGCGCGCGGCGGCCUCGUGCUCGCAGACCUCUCGUCGGGCGACAUGCUCGCGUGCGCGCAGGACGCGCACCCGUCGGUGGUGGACACGCCCGAGGUGCGCUCGGCGAUGCGCGAGCUCCACGGCGAGUACGACGGCAAUGGCGUCCUGAGCGUGGCGCUGUGUGGCUCUCGCGUCGCCUCGGCGGGGCGCGAGGGCGGCGUGCGGCUGUGGCGGCUGGACGGCGACGAGCUGGUCCCGACCGCCGAGCUCAAGGUCGGCGCGCUGGCCUCUUCGCUCCUGCUGCCUGCCGGCGAGGAGGGGCCCCUCUGGGCCUCCUUCCUCGACGGCUCCCUCUGCCGCUGGAGCUCUCUCGGCGGAGAGGAGCCGUCGCUCGUCGGGUCGGCGAGGAGCGUCGCGUUUGUGCGCGGCGAGGAGGAGGGGUGGAGCGUCGUGGUGGGCGGGGCCGACGGCUCGAUCCACCGCCGCUGGCUGAGAGAGGCGCAGGCGGCAGGCGGCGAGGCGGCGGGCGGAGCGGCCUCGGUGGCAGCGGGCUUCGACGAGGCUCGCGAGGAGGAGCAGUUUUUUCCUUCGCACGGCGGCGCGGUGGUCGGCCUCGCUGCCGCCGCCGCCGGGCUGCUCGUCUCCGGGGCGCGCGACGGGACCUUGCGCGUGUGGGACUUGCGGCGCGGCGCAGAGGAGCGCUGCUUGUACGGGCUGGGCGGCUACAAGGUGUGGCUCGGCUCGGUGUGCUCCGACGGGGCUCGGCUCGUCUCGGACGGGUGCGACAACACGCUUGUGCUGCACGACUUCUCGGCCGACGCCCGGCCGGACGACGACGAGAUUCGGAGAGUCGGAGGCAGGGAGGAGUAG